GAACCAUUACGACGUAUUCCGACAAGUUUCUCUUGCCAGGCAGGAUUCUCGACAGCCAGCCUCGAUCGAAGGGUUGUCGUACAAAGACCAUCACCACCGUCGGCCAAUGGAGGAGUUAUCACAUCAACGCGUCAUGAAACGCAACAUUAUUCGGUAUCUCCUUCCCGAGGACAUUCUCCAGCAGCUCAUCGAAUCACCACCUUCCCUGUCUGUAAUCCGGCAAACGGGAAUUUUGAUAGGAAGCCGUUCUCGUCGUCAGAUCUACCUCGCUAUCAACCUGCCGUCAAUCGUCCACCUCAUGUGCCAUAUAUGCCACGCGGCGGCCAGCAAAUGAGCCGUAACGUGCCAGGGUCAGCAUCUGUUGGGAAAUUACCGGCUCAUUCCGAUGCACAUAUGGAAGCGCUUCUGGAUUACUACAAAAAUCAGUCAAACCAGUCAUCGGCUCCGAAAACUGCCACUAUUGUCUAG